AUGAUGAUGAAAAACUUCUCACUCACCAAAGUGUCCUUAUUAUUUGCGCUCUUUGCAGAGGUAAUUCUCGCAUCGGCAGUGAAUAAGCGAGCUCCUGUCUCUGGUUCAAUGAACAAUGUUAUCAUUUCUUCAAUGAACAAUCCUCCUUCGGAUGCUCAAGGCUUUCUCAAGCAAGGCUCAUUCUAUGGUGGAGCACGUUCAAGUAUGGAAGCAGAUGGAGUGAUACAACAAGCUAUGGGUUGGGGAAUGGCUUUCACAACUGUACAAAUGCCUUUGAACACCGUCAAAGCCGCAGAGUAUGUUCCUGGUUCGCCUGCAAGUUUCACAGAAACGUGGCAAGGUGGUGCUUAUGAUAUGGCUCUGACCUGUCAUAAGUAUGGUCAAUCAAUCGUUGACGAUUUAAAUGCAAAAUGCAAAAAUUGUGGAAAGACGUAUACCUUAGCAAUAGUUUGGGGUAUAUUCAGUGGUAUGAAUUUUGAUAAAGAUGCAAUCUUCUCUGGUGGUUGUUCAGCUUUAGAAGUAACAAAUUCAGACAGUUGUUUCAACAACUUCCCAAGCGGUUGCUCAAUUCGUGCAGUUGGCGAAUCGGUUGAACUGUGGAACGAAAAAACAACUCAUAUCAGUGUUAAUGCAAGAUCCCGCAGUCAAAUCAUUGCUGCCAUCAAGAAAUAUGCAGCCGACAAGCAUCUAAGCGUUGCCCUUCCACCAGCCUAGAAGUAUCCAAGCUCUCUCUCUCUUUUCCCCUACCACAUUUUUCCCACAUUAUUCAGCCCCUCACAAGCUAUGUAAAUGUUGUGCUUGCCUUCCAUAAAUUUCAUCAAUCCACGUAUUACUCCUACGUAAA